CUUUCCAGUCACAUUCGCAGGCUGUGGAGGGAGCCGCGCUGAAGCUCGCAGGCUGAGUGCCGCGCUCGCCGGCGGCGUGGGUGCCCGCAGGUGAUGGGCAGCGCCUGGGGCCGGAGAGCUUUGUGCCAGAAGCAGGAAUCCUGCACGCCUGAGUUUCGGUGACGCUGCCGGGCUCAUCACGUCACCUGCGCCCCUCACCUCCUCGCCUGCACGGCCCUGGCCUCCAGCCGUGCGUCCAGUGCUGGCCACCCCACCCCAGUGGCCCUGGCAGGGGCUCCCGCUUUGCCAGUGCCCGGGGACCUGCAGCGGGCGACGCAGCGGGGGCGCGUGGUGCCUGGCCAGGGAUGCUGCAGGCUGCCGAGGGGACACCUGGCUCCCCCAGCGCAAAGUGACUGCAACUAACUCCAGGUUGGGACUACUUCUCGGAGGAUGCCCUGUGUGUCUCCAGUCGCUCCUCUCUGGCCUCCGCGCAGAAUAUUCGGAGUUGCUUGCUCGCCCCUGCCGAGGGGGCACAGAGGCAUAGGCCUCCAGAGGGUUAAGAGCAUCUGCCUUUACGCCAAGUGUUCGAGCAGGAAAUAAUCUGCAGAGAUACAUGUGCAGCAAUUCAACUGCUGCUGCUCUGCCAGGCUGCCACUGCUGCAGUUCGGGGUGUGAGAGAAGCCGCGCUGCUGGCAGAAGAUGCUGUCGUGGUGUGUCCGAAGCGUCAGGCAUGGCAGCGGAGCCCCAGCUCUCUGAGCUGGGGUAAAUGUCUCCGGCCAAGAGGAAUUAUGUUGACCUGCUGGCUCGGUCGGCUCACUGAGGUCUCCCUGGCGUUUUUGAGUUCCCUGCCUGGUGAGCCGUUCAGCUCGGUGCCAUCCACAGGGGCAGAGUGCUUCGAAAGAGCCCACUGAAGGCAUGCGAGCAAGAGCCUGGAUCACAGGCGGAGCUUGGCACCAUACACCGGCCUCAAACCCUCCUCGGAGCAGCUGCCAGAGGGACUGAACUUUUGCUGUUUCCUGCUGUGCUGCCCAGGACCUUUUCUGAGUCAGCAAAGGCUGAUGGAAACCUGUGUCUAGGUGGCAUUGCGUGAGAGUGAGACGCUUGCCCUGCUUUGGUCCCCGCCAGCGGCGCUGCGUCCCCACGCACCAGAUGUGCGGGCGGCUGCAAAGAGCUUCCCUCCCUGAGCGCAGGUGCUCCCUCUCAAGGAAAAAAAUGGUGGACCUGGAAACCAGCCGGAGAUCGCAAAGUCUCCUUUCCCUCAAGGCUGCUGGUCAGUGGUCACCUUCCACCACACCCAAGGAAACUAGAAGAGCUCCACGCUAACUUCUGAAAGGCUUGUUUCACUAUGGAAGAUCAAGUUGUUUUCUGGCUCAGGUUUUGUGAAGUUCGGCAUCUGCCCUGGACCUGCAGUUUGGAAAAGGGAUCAUCUCUGAGGCACGGUUAAGAGACGGAAAAACCAGUCCCAGACGAUGAGCACUUUAAGUAGCACUGGAAUAUUACUCAGCUUAACGACAGUGUCUGUUACGCUGGAUUUUAGUUUGCAUGGUGGUCUGAUGGCUUGGUCCUUAAGCAGCAAUUUGACUCUGAAUCAGAGUUUGCCUACAUCUGAUCCUCUGAAUGCCUCUGAGAAGGGCGAAGUCUCUCGGAUGUCCGUGAGGGAGAAGAACUGGCCGGCCCUCCUGAUCUUGGUUGUCAUCCUGCUGACCAUUGGGGGAAACAUAUUGGUAAUUAUGGCUGUGUCCUUGGAGAAGAAGUUGCAGAAUGCCACAAACUUCUUUCUGAUGUCCUUGGCGGUGGCAGACAUGCUGGUGGGUAUCCUGGUCAUGCCCGUGUCCCUCAUUACAGUCCUGUACGAUUAUGCUUGGCCUUUGCCUAAACAGUUGUGCCCUAUAUGGAUUUCCCUAGAUGUGCUCUUUUCAACUGCAUCUAUUAUGCAUCUCUGUGCCAUCUCUCUUGAUCGGUAUGUAGCAAUACGCAAUCCCAUUGAGCACAGCCGCUUCAAUUCCCGCACCAAGGCUAUUAUGAAAAUUGCUGCAGUUUGGACCAUAUCCAUAGGGAUAUCUAUGCCCAUUCCGGUCAUUGGUUUGCAGGAUGACUCCAGGGUGUUCGUAAACGGGACCUGUGUCCUCAACGACGAGAACUUCGUCCUCAUUGGGUCCUUCAUGGCGUUCUUCAUCCCUCUCAUCAUCAUGGUGAUCACGUAUUGCCUGACCGUCCAGGUGCUGCAGAGACAGGCAACGGUGUUCAUGUGUGGAGAGGUGCCCAAGCAGAGGAGGAGCAGCGUAAACUGCCUCAAGAAGGAAAACAACACAGAGAACAUUUCGAUGCUUCACAAUCACGAGGGGGCAUCUCACUUGAACUCUCCUGUUAAUAAGGAGGCAGUGCUGUUUCGGAAAGGAACUAUGCAGUCCAUCAACAAUGAGCGAAGAGCCUCUAAGGUCCUGGGCAUCGUCUUCUUUUUGUUCCUCAUCAUGUGGUGCCCAUUUUUCAUCACUAACGUCAUGUCUGUCCUUUGCAAGGAAGCCUGCGAUAAAGACCUCUUGAUCGAACUCCUUGAUGUCUUUGUUUGGGUGGGGUAUGUUUGCUCUGGGAUUAAUCCCCUCGUAUACACACUCUUCAAUAAAACAUACCGCAGGGCUUUUUCCAAUUACAUCCGUUGCCAAUACAAGCCCAGUAAAAAAUCGGCGCUGCGGCAGAAUCAGUGUCUGAAUGUUGCUUCAACAGCUUUAUAUGGGAAAGAUCUGACUUUAACUAGUUAUCGAAACGGCAACGAACUCAACAGCAUGGAACUAGACGAAGUUGAGGAGGGCCUUGAAAUGCAACCAGGGACUUCAGAGCUCUCCAUAAACAGCUGCAAUGUUGUAAGCGAAAGAGUGAGCUGUGUGUAAAGGUGGCUCACAGAGCCUUUUGCUACAGUGCAUCUGUAGCCAAAAUAUAUUGUGUAAAAAUGUAAGUGUUGGUCAAAGGACGUUGUAAAUAUUGCAUUCUGAACAAAGCUUUCUUUUUUUUUAAAGAAAAAAAAAAAGAGUUGUCUUUCCAGUCCAGUACUUAAAAUCAUAUAUAUUAAUAUACUGCAGUGAAGUUUAAGGUUCUAUAUUUACUGUUAAUACUAGAUCAGAACUAUUAGUUACUUUGCAUAUGUCAUGGACAAAAUGUUUGAAUUCUUCUUCCAGUGCAUGAACAAAAAUGCUGAAUAUUUAUCUCAGGUGGCAUUUGCUGGAGUCCAGAAUGGCACGUUAAUAGUUAUAUAUCAAAUACAUGCUAUUAGACUUGGUCAGUAUAACUUUCUUUUUCAAGUUGACAGUAAAUAUAUACUUUAAAUCCUCACCCCUAUUUGUGCCGUGUAAAGACUGUACAGGGACCUGGCAGGGAGACAUGACGAAAGCGUAGCGGCUGUGCAGGCACCUGGCCAGACAUGUCCUGUUACGGGUAGUGGCUUGCUGCCAUAGCGGGACAAUCUUGCACUUCAAGGGACCUCUGUUCAAUUUUGACUCCCUCUCCAAUCCUGCCGCUUUCUUUCCCUUCCCCAGGAGGCUGCGGCUCCCCUAAGGAAGGCGGGGAAUGCAGUUCUGGUGUGCUUUUGCGAUCCUGGCUGGGAUCGCUUGCACACUUGGAGAAGAAGCAGGAGAAACAGAGCUCCCCCCAGUUAUCUGCUUCAGCCGUUCUAUAAAUGGAGUGCCUCAGAUUUAUAAAAAGCCCUCCUUUGGUCUGACAGGUGAUCACCAGCUCUGGGAUGGAGCGAGCCGUGCCUUCACGGAUUGCUUGGAUGAUCAGGCACUGCCUUCAAGGAUUGCUUGGAUGAUCAGGGUCUUCGGCUGACCCGGAGAAGAGCGCUCUGGCUUUGUAUGAGCUCUUGUCUUCUCGGUCCUCACAUCUAUUUAGUCCUUAGCUUGUUUAGCAUUUGCGUUUAUUUUUUUUAGCAUCCUGGGCCUUGCAGCGCUGGUGACAAAACAGUGCUUCGGUGCAGAGCGGAAGCUGCUGCGCGUGUGGUGCUGGCCGGGGUCAGGCCGUGCAGUGCAGCGUCCCCCACCACGGGGGAUGCUGAGGAGAGGGGCACAGACGAGGGUCCCUGCUCCUUCCUCCUGUCUCGGGCGGGGGUGGGCGGAGCGGGACAGAGAAUGUGACCGGAAUCAUCUGCUGGCGACGUGGUUCAAAAGCAGAUGACGAGCAGGGACAGGAAGGAAGCAGACCUGGAGCUAGUCUACACGGAAGAUUAAUCUGGAUUAAUUUUUAAAUUUGAUUUAUUCCCUUUCACUCCCAAAGUAAAUUAUAGUAUAGCGUAUUAAUGCCACUUACAUCUGAAUGAAAGCAUCCACAUUGGGAUUUAAUGCAGUUUAAGUAAUCUGCUUUUAGUUCACACCAUGUAUAAUUUGAAUUAGUUUCCCUCCGUGUUCCUGUGUAGACAAACCCUCCAAGGCAUCGUGUCCUUCUGGCGCUGUGCCUCUGGGGUGAUGCCUCUCAUGCAGUUUUCCUUGUGUAGGGUAUUGUCUAAUGCCAGAUAUCACCCGUAAGGUUUUUACAUUCUUCAUCAACUAAUACACAAAUGCCGCAGCGCUCAUCUAACAUGGAUGGUUUUAGCAUUGCUGACAGCCUCUGGCUAUGAAAAUCCUCAGAACAGAAAAGUUUACACUAGGCAUGGAUAGAUUGCAUUUCACUGACACAAACUGCUUGUACUCUGAGCUUGCUGCGUUCUUCCCACCAAAAUUAACUUGUAGCAGAAAUGGAAAAUUCUGCUGGUGUUUUAGUGUACCCGUUGUGCUGUCGCAUUGCUGUGUACAGCAACACCCUUGCUGAGGCCUCUACCGAAACACAGCCUCGGGUUACAUCUGCUGCUGGGCUGCUCCCAGCUUGAAGCGUUGAAGUUGAUGGUCCCACCGUCUCCCUCACCCUCCUGGGAUAAAUCCAUGGUACUUCCAUGCAGGCAGGCGAGGUAUCCCUGUGCGGACUGCAGCUUACUGCUUGCAGAAGGCAGCAGGGAUGCAGCAUGUGCAUGUGCCAGCCCGCUGAUACCACCACGGGCUUGGAUGCUCGGGAAUCCGCUCACCUCUCCAAACGAUCUGGUACCCAGUAGGAAAAGGACUGCCCGGAGACACAAGCUUGUGCCUUCAGCGACUGCCCUUUACUCUGAGUCAGAUUUGACUCUCUCAAACAGUACAGAAAAAUCAACCAGAUCAUAUUGCUUUUUAAGUUGGUUUUUUUUUGGUUUUUUUCUUCCUUGGGUGAAUUUGUAGCGCAUCUUUUUCAAACGUGUAUAUGUGUGUGUGUAUAUAUAUGUGUGUGUACGUAUAUAUAUACAUAUAUAUAUAUAGAAAAGCCAGCCACAGACUUUGAAAGCAUUUAGCAAUAAGUUGAAUUACAGUAGCUUCUCGCACAUGUGUGAAUAGGUCAUGUGUGAAUAGCCCAUUUUCCACAGCAUCCUCCAACUCGGUGUAAGUCCACACACAGGCAUCGUCUUCGCAUAGGAGCCUUCCAGUCUCACCCUUGCCGGUUCUAUUGUACGGGCAAAAAGGGAACCUACUCUAUUUGGGUGUAAAUAAUGGGAAUUGAACUGAGAAUUUACAGAAUUUUUAUAAAUGUUUUUAAAAAAUUCAGCACCAGAACUGUAAAUAUGUCAAGCAUUGCGACUCAGCUGGACCCGCGCUGAUGUGUGUCACUUGUUUAGAUAAGCAGACAAGGGGACUGCCUUACGGCGCCUGCGCUCUCUCCCGGCCGUUUCUGCGAGUGGUUAAAUACUGUCACUUCCCCACCUUCCUUUGGGUCAUUCACAUCAGGGUUUUGUGAUGCUGCUAUUAAUUUAUUAAAGAAAGUUUGUUGGUUUAAUCACUCUUAAUUUUUUUUUCAUGGUCUAUCAGAAAAUAAAUAAAGGAACGUGCCCUCUCUUCCUUUCAUCUGUCCCCAGUUAAAAUCUUUCCUGAGUGAAAAAUAUGUCCUGACCAAAAACCAAAACAACAACAAAAAAAUGAGGAUAAGGAUGAAGAUAACUUUCAUUUUUACUCCCACACUUGAAGCAUGGCCCACAGUUGCUUAAUCACAGGAAUUAGUGUCAACAAAUAUCUGAACCCUUCCAACCCCAAAACUUGUUAAAUACGCAGGCAGUGAUACACUAUUCCCCCUCUUCUCCUUGCUCCCUCCAGGAAUAACGGUGAAAAAUGACAUUUUUUUUUUAAAUUACCUCCAUUUGAAGCAUGGAUUUAGUUCUCUGCAGCUUAACCAAAGUUAAGGUUGUCCCCACAGCGGCUUUGCUUCUCCUGAGCUGCAGUCAUUAGCCGUGGCAGUGCCUCCAGAAGCCCUGCCCUGGGGCUGCUGCCGGGAGUAUUCGCUGCAGGUUUCGUGUGAGUCCUCAAGCCUCGGCUCAGGUAUGGUUCUGUCUUACAAAUAGUGUGCGUGGCGGCAUUUUGGUUUGAGUUUGGACCCAACAAGUGAAAACGGUUCCUUGGAAACAGUGCUGUAGGCUGAAAUGUGUUGGUUGCUUUGUUUCCUGAAGCAGACGGAGAUGGCAGGCUGCCUGCGAGGCUGAGCGUGCACGAGGAGGCUCCGACCCAGCAAACAGACCACCUCGUUCGACCACUCCCCGUGCUUUGGGGAGUCCACUCAUGGGGUCAGCCCCUGAACUAGCACCUUCCUCAGCUGUAGGAGCUUGCGGCCUUCCCCACCAGAGGCCAGAAGCAAGGCUGGCCACGUUUGCUCAGGCAUAAAGCCUUAUGGCUGAGCAACCUGGCUUCCAGACCUGAGCUGGCUCAGCUACGUCUGUGACAUGUUGCCCCGCACAGCCAAGUCUGGGGUGUAGCGUCCGUGGAGUCAGCUGUGGUGACCUCUGGGGGCCUCAAAGGCCAUCCUUUGAGGACAAGAGCCUGCUCCUUCAGUCCUGUGCUUGCUGAAGAUAAGAGCAGCUACCCAGAGGCAUUUGGGAGGCGAUACGGUCCAAAGCCAAUGCUGAGGAGCCUCAAGGCAUCCCACCUCAGCAUGGCUCUCCUUGUCUUAAUGACUUGUGAGUCAGCAAGAGUUUUCACCUGAGUGAUAAUUUAAAGAUGCUCAUGUCCGGCGAGGUGUGAGUAGGCAGCCAGAGCAGUGUGGUCAGUGCCUUUUCCUCUGUAGAGACACCCAUGUCAACCAUCAGUGCCUUUCUUCUGGGCAGCACUACCAGCAUGGAGCCCGGCCAGUGCUCUUCCCGUCCAAGUCAGGAGGCUGACUGCAGUCAUCUGAUGUGCUGGAGCCACGAGGGCCCUGCAUAUGGAGACCCAAAUGCCAAAGGAAAAACAGAUUUUUUUUUAAAGAAAGCAAGCAAACCCCAAGCAGCUUUUCUGAAAUAAGCUUUGAGCUAACGAAGGGUGUCUGUAUUCUUGCAGACAAAUUAUGCUGAUCUGGCAUUCCAAAAGCAGCGUCCGUCGUGUGAUAAAGAUGCAGAUGUCUCUUGGAUGGGUUUCCUCCCUGGGUCACGGUAUCAUUAGGGUAGCUCCCUGCCAAGCCAAGAACUGCUUGCCUUUGUCUCCCAUUUCAGACUGGGGCGGAAAAAGCAUCAGAAGUUUUUUCCUGGGAAAAAAGGUACAAAGACCACCAAGGUGGUGCAGCACAAGAACAGAGAUGGACAGAUGUGUGUACACACGAGCACACGCAUCCCAGAGCCCCCAGAGAGCAAGAGGAGGUGUCAACAUGCUUCAGUCUUGCUUCCCUUGAAAAAAUGGGAAUAGCUGAACAGCUGGGGAGGAAACCUGUGAUGGAGAGAUCAAAUACGGCUGUAGGUGUCACCGUGAAAUGUGGGCUGUUCUAGCGACAAUGUCAUGGUGGGGGUGCAUGUACCAAAAAAUGCUUUUAUUUUUUUCAUUUUUAACUAUGGAGUUCUUAUUGACUCUUCUGCCUCACCCUCAUUUUUCUUUAAGUCUCAGGUCUUUUACUUGUUUGCUUUUGUCCACACUGAAACUUGUGCUCUGAAGCUGUCAGAAGUCGACAAAAUGUCUAAGAAGUGAUGCAUCAUUCCCUCUCGGCUGCGCAGGGAGGCUGCCAUCCCAUAACGACACGGAGAUGGAGAGUCUUCAGAGAAACAGGCGGGUGCUGGCGACGGGUGCUCAUCAAUGCCACUGAAGAUUUUAACCAGGGUCCUUUUCCCUGGCUGAAGGCUGUAACAGCUCUUCCGCGACUUUUUGGGGAGGAAGACUUCGGUGCCGCUCCUGCGGAGCCCACGCUUCCCAAAGAUGAUGAUGCUGCUCAAAGCAACAGGUAAAUGCAAAUGCCCAGCAGAGCUCGCAGCCAUGCUGAGGGCUCCUCCCCUGUAGGCACCAACAGUUCGUGUCCCAGAGUGUCUUCAGAGAGGAUCCACAGGUCACACUGACUCACGCCUGAGCCACGGCAACGUUUAGCCCCCUCAGCUAAGCACUCCCCCUUCUUUUUGCAGUGCA